AAAAACAAAGGAAAAUAAAUACUUAAAUUUUUGUGUACGUGCUGAAAUAUAAACAGCCUGCAAAAUUUACUACAACAUCAGUUUUAACUCCACCAACACCGCCAAUUCCCUCGGCAGAGCAAACGAUCAGGAGUCGGGCAGCAACGACAACAGAAUGCUCUUCGAGAACCCAGCCGUAGCGGCCAAGCUGCCGUUCCCCUACAAUGUGCCGCCGCCUUUGCAAGCCGCAGCUGCAGCCGCCGCAGCAGUUCCAAAUCUAAGGUUUCAGACACCAAUAAAAGCGUUUGCCUGCCUGACAGCAACAAGGUUAGUACCCAUUGAUAAGAUGCACGGAUAUAAUACCUAUUUGUGCAAUCCGAUUGACAAUGCAGCCGCCGCUGCAGCCGCUGCGGCCGGACUCAUCGAUCCGCAUCACAAUCGGGAUCUGCACAACGCGCUGGUCGCCUCCAUAGCCAACAGCAAUGUGGCGGCUAUGAACGGCACAUUGACCACAGCUGCGGUACUAAAGAGCGCCGCCGCCCAGUCGGAGCAGUCGAAUGGAGCACAGGCGGGCGCGGUUACCAAUGGCAGCGCCUCCGCAGCCCAGCAACAACAACAGCAACAACAGCAGCAGUCUCAGGCACAGCAGGCUGCUUUGGCGCUACUUAAGGGCGGAGGUGUAGGCGUAGGAGUAGGAGUAGGUGGGUCUGAGAAUGCCAAUGUCGGUGCCCAAAAUGGUGCUGCCAAUCUGAGCAUCAAGUCGAGCUCAUCGGGUCGCUCCACACCCAGCAACAGUGGCGGUAGUGGCUCCGAUCCCGCACCAGGCAAACUCUUUGUGGGCGGCCUCAGCUGGCAGACAUCGUCGGAGAAGCUGAAGGAGUACUUCAACAUGUUUGGCACCGUGACCGAUGUGCUGAUCAUGAAGGAUCCGGUGACACAGCGCAGUCGUGGCUUUGGGUUUAUCACAUUCCAAGAACCCUGCACCGUGGACAAGGUCCUGAAGGUGCCCAUUCACACGCUCGAUGGCAAGAAGAUCGACCCGAAGCACGCCACCCCGAAGAAUCGGCCGCGUCAGGCCAAUAAGACCAAGAAAAUCUUCGUCGGCGGCGUCUCGCAGGACACAUCGGCCGAGGAGGUCAAGGCCUACUUCAAUCAGUUUGGCGUCGUCGAGGAGACGGUCAUGCUAAUGGAUCAGCAGACGAAACGCCAUCGCGGCUUUGGAUUCGUCACCUUCGAGAACGAGGAUGUCGUCGAUCGCGUCUGCGAGAUCCACUUCCACACCAUCAAGAACAAGAAGGUGGAGUGCAAAAAGGCUCAGCCCAAAGAGGCAGUCACACCCGCGGCCCAACUCCUCCAAAAACGCAUCAUGCUCGGCACCCUCGGCGUCCAGUUGCCUGCAACGCCCGGCCAAUUGCUUGGCGCUCGUACCGCCGGUGUUGCAACCAUGAACCCUCUGGCCAUGUUGCAGGGACCCACACAGCUCCUGCAGUCCCCAGCCGCUGCUGCUGCCGCCCAACAGGCGGCCCUCAUCUCACAGAAUCAAUUUCAAGUACAAAACGCUGCGGCUGCCGCCUCCAUGGCUGCUGCCAAUCAAUCAGGCUUUGGGAAGCUACUGACCACAUAUCCACAGACGGCGCUCCACGGCGUCAGAUACGCACCAUACACCAUACCCGCCAGUGCCGCCACUGCCAAUGCUGCGCUCAUGCAGGCCCAUCAGGCUCAGAGCGCCGCCGCCGCUGCCGCUCACCAGCACCAGCAAAACCACAAUGCGGCCCACGCUGCGGCCGCAGCUGCACAGCAGCAACAACAACACACUGCCGGCGUGGGAGGCGUCAAUCCGGCAUCCCAGGCGCACUCUGCAGCCGCCGCCGCUGCUCUGGCUGCCAAUGCCGCCGGUGGCGCCGCAGGCGCCGGUGCUCAUUCCUUGGCUGCAGCCCAGCAGGCUGCUCUGGUGGCCGGCAAUCCCUUGAACGCGGCGGCCGCAGCUGCAGCAGCCGCUGGUAACCCCGCAGCUGCCUACCCCAACUACGCGCUGACGAAUGUGGACAUGUCCAGCUUUCAGGGCGUCGAUUGGAGCAGCAUGUAUGGCAUGGGCAUGUAUGUCUAAGAAAGCAAUGCCAGCUGCUGCCUGCCCCACUAGUUGUUAGUAAUUGGGGAAGACACGCCACAGGCCCCUAAACAAACACACACACACACACACAGACACACUACACAUACAAACACACACCUUCACACACACACACACACACCAAAACUCUCAUUUGAAACAAAGUUUUCUGUGAGUGUUCCAUUUUAGGGAGGAGGAGGAGGAGGAGGAACGGCUUGCUCUGUCUUCUUAGUACACUCAGCAGAAAGGAUAUUAAGUAUUAUAUUUAAGGCGCACCCUCUUUUCCCCCCAAGAAGGCGUUCAAUAAUCACAAACAAACCGAUAAGCAAUAACAAAAACAAAUGCAUAGCAGCAGAAAAUGCAACAAAAUCAUAAUAAGAGUAUGUUGAUGUUGAGAAAUUAAUUGAGAAAAUGAAAUUAGGAAAAACGAAAAACAAAAACAAACUAAACCAAAAAACAAAAGCAAAAACAAAAACAAUUAAAAAGCAAAAAAAAAAAAAUGUAAAAAACCACCGAUUGUGAUUGCGUUUAAAUGUAGUUUUUAUAGUUCUUAGUGCAUAUAAUAAUAACAUUCAAGAAAUGAAAUGAGAAAACAUUUACAUAUGGAAACAACAUACUAUAUAACAACAUAAACCCAUUUAUAAAAGGAUAUAUCCCUUAUUGGAUUAAAGCGGAUAUAUCGCUGGAAUAUUUUCCGUUGAAAAACUAUACUUACACAGCACAGCACAUACUCAAUAAAUAGCUCACAAAAUGAAUUGAGGGACAGAUGAUCAGAAGACGCUCAUUCAUUAGAAAUGUACUGUUUUGUUUCAAAAUCAAAUAAUACUAAUUAUAAUACCAAUAAUAACAUUAAAUGAAUAAUACACACGUUAGUUAGCUGAACUAUCUUCAGUUAUUUAUCCAAUUGUAUGUAUUGAAAAAAAAAACCAAGCUAAAAACAAAACAAAACAUUUUGCUCAAGCUAUGAAAGCAAUAUGGAUUUUUCGAAUAUAAAUAUUAUGCAUACAACAUACAUAUGUUAGGGAAGGACGGACGGACGGACGGAAGGAAGGAAUUAAGGAAGGAAGAAGGAACAGCUUAAACUAACUAUAGUUACUAAUCAUCCACCAGCGACAUUCAUUACGAUAGGUUUAAAGAUAGUUCUGAAUUCGAAUUUAAAAUCAUGAAUCGCACUCAAUCCUUCUUCAGUUCGUAGCUGUAAGUCGCGAGCAGACAUCACACACAGAUACAGAUCCAGAUACAGACAUCCACAACACAACUCAACACAAUACAAUACCAGUAACUACUCUAUUCCUGAUCCAUACACAUCCUUUCCACAACUUGUUCCGCUCAUUCCACCGCACUUGAACAUUUUGGAAAGAGAAUCCAUCGAGUUUGUUAAAUAAACGACAGCCAUACAUCAGCGAUCUGCGAAACUACUGUACUCUCCGACAUUGUAUUGUGUUAUUGAAUAGCUGAUUUGAAAAUUUCCCUCACAUCGAUCUAAGUUAUUGGUAGAUGAUAGUUGAUACUACGAGUACUCGUAUGUAUAUGUAACACGUAUGUAAAUCACUGGAGUAUUAUUAGUACGAAACUUUCCUUAAUCAUACUCAUCUAAUUACGCCCUAAGUUAGUAGUACACAUGCGGAUUAGUUCCCUAAGUAUCAUUUUAUACAAAAUGCUCAGCAAACCCGGAAGGAAAUCUCCGGAACGGACCGUACCGUACCGGCAUUACCUUACCAAUCAUUUUUGAACAACUUCUCAGCCUUAGUUUUCUAUUAACCAACACCAGUCUCUGUAGCUAGUAGGCUACUCUUACUAAUUGAUUGGAACAUUUUUAAUAGAACUAUAAUUAUAAUUUCCCAUCAUUUAUCCUUUCAUUCAUCUCUCUUUCUCUCUCUCUAUCACUGUCUCAUCUUUUCAAUAUCAUGCCUCGUACAUUUUUCU